AAAAAUGGCGCGAACGAAUGGGGAGAGGAAAAAAAAAACGGCAGAAGAAAAAACUGUUCGUGUCUUUAAAAGCAGCGCUCUAGUGGCAACUAUAAUGGCAGAGGCGGCAGCGAGCUAGCCAGCGGAGAGCUCCUCCAAGUGCAGAGUAGGGGUCCCUUCUCCGCCGCUCUGCUCACCAUUUCCUCUCUCGUAGCCAUGGCUCUCCUCCGCUGCCUCUUCCUCCUCGCCGUCCUUCUUCCCCACCGCAAUGCCGCCGUCGUCGCCGCCGCGUCGCCGCACCACGGCCCCGCGCCGCACGACUACAGGGACGCGCUCACCAAGUCCAUCCUCUUCUUCGAGGGCCAGCGCUCCGGGAAGCUGCCGCCGUCGCAGCGCGUCUCCUGGCGGGGUGACUCCGGCCUCUCCGACGGCUCCUCCAUCAAGGUGGACUUGGUGGGAGGGUACUACGACGCCGGCGACAACAUGAAGUUCGGGUUCCCGCUGGCGUUCAGCAUGACGAUGCUGGCGUGGAGCGUGGUGGAGUUCGGUGGACUCAUGAAGGGUGAGCUCCAGCACGCCAGGGACGCCGUCCGCUGGGGCUCCGACUACCUCCUCAAGGCCACCGCCCACCCGGACACCGUCUACGUCCAGGUCGGUGAUGCCAACAGGGACCACGCGUGCUGGGAGCGGCCGGAGGACAUGGACACACCGAGGACCGUGUACAAGGUCGACCCGAGCACCCCGGGCACCGACGUCGCGGCCGAGACCGCCGCGGCGCUCGCCGCCGCCUCGCUCGUCUUCCGCAAGUCCGACCCGGCCUACGCCAGCCGCCUCGUCGCCAGGGCCAAGAGGGUGUUUGAGUUCGCGGACAAGCACAGGGGCACGUACAGCACCCGUCUCUCGCCAUACGUCUGCCCAUACUACUGCUCCUACUCCGGGUACCAGGAUGAGCUGCUGUGGGGGGCGGCAUGGCUACACAGGGCGACCAAGAACCCGACGUACCUGAGCUACAUCCAGAUGAACGGGCAGGUGCUGGGCGCGGACGAGCAGGACAACACGUUCGGGUGGGACAACAAGCACGCCGGGGCGAGGAUCCUGAUCGCCAAGGCGUUCCUGGUGCAGAAGGUGGCGGCGCUGCACGAGUACAAGGGCCACGCCGACAGCUUCAUCUGCUCCAUGGUGCCCGGCACCCCCACGGACCAGACGCAGUACACCCGCGGCGGCCUCCUCUUCAAGCUCAGCGACAGCAACAUGCAGUACGUCACCUCCAGCUCCUUCCUGCUGCUCACCUACGCCAAGUACCUCGCCUUCUCCAAGACCACCGUCUCCUGCGGCGGCGCCGCCGUCACGCCGGCCCGCCUCCGCGCCAUCGCGCGCCAGCAGGUGGACUACCUGCUGGGGAGCAACCCGAUGGGGAUGUCGUACAUGGUCGGGUACGGCGCCAAGUACCCGCGGAGGAUCCACCACCGCGCGUCGUCGCUGCCGUCGGUGGCGGCGCACCCCGCCAGGAUCGGCUGCUCGCAGGGGUUCACCGCGCUCUACUCCGGCGUCGCCAACCCCAACGUCCUCGUCGGCGCCGUCGUCGGAGGGCCCAACCUGCAGGACCAGUUCCCCGACCAGCGCAGCGACCACGAGCACUCCGAGCCGGCCACCUACAUCAACGCGCCGCUCGUCGGAGCGCUCGCCUACCUCGCCCACUCCUACGGCCAGCUCUAGGCUCUACUACCUUCUUUGGGAGAUUUGAUCAAACAAAUCGUCCCAGAUAAUAGCAUCACUAUUUCGACGUCGUCUUAAUCUAAUUAGUCGGUGGAUUUGGGGGCAGGUUAAAUUUAGUGGGUAGUAAUUGUGAUUUGGGGACCCCAGUGCAAGCAAAACAAGAGCACUAGUGGGUCUAAGUAUUCAUUAGGGUACGUAAUUAACGUGCUCGCUGGUGUUAAACCCUGUGUUCGUAAAGCGGUCGACGGAUGUUCGUCCGGAAAAUGUACCCAGUUGCAACUCGCAACUGAUUGCGAAAUCAACAAGUGUUCUUAUGUCUAUC